UAUAUACACCAAUGAUGUAUGAAAUACGCAUGCGUUUAGGAUAUAUUUGUAAAUGUACUGUAUAUUACCAUUUCAGAAUUUUAACCAAAGGAAUAAAACCAAGGAAAGAUAAAAAAGGAAAAAAUAAUAAAAAAAAUAAUAUAAUUACGCACCAAAAGUAACAUAAAUACGCAAAAAAAGAAGUUUAAAAGAUGCAAGAUGAAAAAGAUAGUGAGUUCAUGCCAAAAUUAGAUCUUGUACGAGAUAAAAAUAAACUAAAAUACAGUGAUUUAAUAUAUAUGAAACAAGCAGAAGAGGUAGCUGUUCGAAAAGCAUUGAUAUAUAGAAGAACUCGUACAAAAUGUACUAUAGCAGGAAUCUCUAUUGCUAGUGUAGCUUUAGGAAUUUAUUUAUAUACUAUACAUGCUGUUAAACAGGAAACCUUCUUAAAUGAUUUAAAUGAACCUGAAAAAAUAAUUGAAAAAAAUUCAGAUACAAAUAUUGCUUAGAAAUAUAUUUCUAACGCGUAGAAUAUUAUUUUUGAUUUUUUUAAGUAUAUUUGUUAUUUAAGUAUAAAACUAUAAAACAAAUCCAAAUAUUGAAAUACUAUAAAAUAUACUAUAUAAUAGUAUAUAAUAUUAUAAAUUAGUUAAAUUUGUUUUUAGUUUUAAAAAAUUAAUAAAAAGAAAAAAUGUCCACUAUAAGAUUACCACCUUUACCAAGUAUAAAAGAUGUAUUGAAAAUAUAUCGUUUAAGAGCAAUGAAAGAACUUUCACAAAACUUUAUUUUAAAUCAAAAUUUAGCAGAUAAAAUAAUAAAAAAAACAGGAAAUCUUAAUGAUUGUCAUGUAUUAGAAAUUGGUCCUGGUCCUGGUGCAUUGACUCGAUCUAUUUUAAAAUGUCAACCAAAAAAAUUAAUUGUUGUAGAAAAAGAUAAAAGAUUUGAACCUACUUUAGAAAUGUUGGCAGAUGCUUUUGAAACAAUUAAUGGUAAAAUGGAAAUUAUCUUUGAUGAUAUUAUGAAAAUAAAUAUGAGUAAUCUUUUUCCUUCGACUGAAAUAAAAGCUUGGACAGAAAAAUGUCCAAGAAUUAAAUUAAUUGGUAACUUACCAUUUAAUGUUUCAACACCUCUUAUAAUAAAGUUGUUACAUGCAAUUAGUGAAAAAAGAGAUGCAUGGACAUUUGGAAAAACUCGAAUGACAUUAACAUUUCAAAAAGAAGUUGCUGAACGUUUAAUAGCUCAACCAUUAGAUGUACAAAGAUGUAGAUUAUCUGUAAUGGCACAAGCAUGGACACAUCCAGUUUUACAUUUUAUUAUACCAGGUACAGCCUUUAUUCCCAAACCAAAAGUUGAUGUCGGUCUUGUAACAUUUGUACCUUUAACUAUUCCACGUACAAAACAUGAAUUUUCCAUUUUUGAAAAAGUAACACGACAUAUUUUUAGUUUUCGUCAAAAAUACGGUAUACGAGGUGUUGAGACAUUAUUUCCUUUAGAAUACCGAACUGAAUUAGCUCAAAUGAUGUAUAAACUUUCUGAUUUGAAUCCACAAACAAGACCAGUAGAAUUAACAAUAGAAAAUAUUGAUAAUCUUAUUAGUGCAUAUAAAUAUUUAUUAGAAAAGCAUCCAGAUAUAAAAUUAUAUGAUUAUCGUGCAUCUCGACGCAUAGUAUCAUUAUCUUAUUCAAAAGAUCUAGAAAUCAUAGAAUGUGUAAAUUUUGAAUAAUAAAAUAAUGUAAUAAAUAAUACAUAUUAUAUUUGA